CUAGAAGUCAUUUUCAUUGGCCAUUUAAAUCAACCUCACCUAAGAGCAUACACAAAAGGCUUCAUCAGAACAAGACUGAAUCAUGGAAAACCGAACUACUGAGUCUCAACACCGAGAUAAAAAAGUCCAGAAUUGCACUAGAACAGAGAAAACGACAUCAACUGAUGGUAGCCUUGUAACGUCCUUUAAUAGCAAAUCAAAAGACUGUAAAGGGACAAAACCUACCCGUUUGUGUAAAGCUAAAGUCAUGAAAUAUCGUCCGUCGCUCACGGUGCAAAGUGUGAAAACAAAGAAUCUUACAUACAAGAUAUCUACUGAAAAUGAUAAUGAUUUUGUUCGUAAAGACCAGGAAGAAAUAAAAGAAAAACCGUAUGCAUGCUCGGUGUGUAAAAAACAGUUUGCCCAAAAAUCCAACCUUGUGACCCACUUAAGAGUCCACACAGGAUCGAGACCGUACAUGUGCACCGAAUGUGGAAAAACCUUUAGUACAAGUUCAAACGCCGUGACUCACCAGAGAGUUCACACUGGAGAACGUCCGUAUAGCUGUGGUGAAUGUGGGAAAAGCUUUAGUAUUAGUUCAAACCUGGUAACACAUCAGCGGGUGCACACAGGAGAGAGACCGUAUGCCUGUACCGAAUGUGGAAAAAGCUUCACUCAUCGUUCAAAUCUGGUCAUUCACCAAAGAGCACAUUCAGGAGAAAAGCCCUACGUUUGUCUAAAAUGUGGAAAAACAUUUACUCACAGCUCACAUCUCGUUGCACAUCAGAGAAUUCAUACAUAAGGCUGUUCUUUCUCUAGUUAUUAAACAGAAACUAAAACGUUUUGAGCAGUUCGUCAGUUUCCAAUGUACAGUGUUAAAUAAUUUCUAUUUAUUGAGGUAGUACGUCCAAAACUUGUCAUUAUUUAACGAUAAUUUUCAUCUCUGAGACCACAGUUUUCUACAUAAAACAAUCCUUAUUGUGUGGCAGUUUCUGAGAAAAGGCCGAACG